AGUUCUUGUAUCUACAGAAACACCCAGUCGGUUUAAAAAGUCUCCGCAGCAACACCGUCUCCCCCCUUUCUUCAGACGGAGGUGGUAGAGUCCAGAGAGCGGGACGCUGCGAACAGCUACAGUAAACAGAGGCCAGCUGAGACGGGCGAGCCAGAACAAAGGGAGGAAAAUGAGUGAGAACACUGAGGAGGUGAAGCUGCUGGAGGCUCAGAUCAUGCAUCUGCAGGCAGAAAUCAAAACUCUGCAGCAGCAACAGCAGGUCAACUGUAAGGACAUCACGUUCCAGUUCACAGGACAAAUGCAGGACGCUCUAGCUUUUCUGUGUGGACAGACACAGGACCUGGAGGAGAUGGUGGUGUCCAGGCUGAAAGAAGAGGUGGAGGAGCUGGAGGAGGAUCUGAAGCUGCAGACGAGGAUAGAUGGCAUCAGUCUGAACAGCUGCAUCAGAAAGACUCUGCAGAACCGUGGCCAGGAAGUGGUCCAGCUGCUUUGUUUGUCAGGUCGCUGCUCUGAGCUGGUCUUCCAGGUAGAGUUCCAGCUUUCUGAGGUCAAGGACGGAUCAAGAACUGAGCGGAAAAUCAGCGACCUGAACCUGGUGCUGGACUCCAACGACCUGCAGAGCCUCAGCAGCUUCCUGUCGAGGGUGGAGGAGACCCAGGACCUUCUGUUGUUCUUUAGGACUGUAAGGACUUUCUCAGAAAGAUUUGAUGACCGGACCAGAACCUUUCAGCAUUUCCAGGAGAAAUUUCCCUCCAUCGUGUCUCUUCCUGAAGGCUGCGGCUCAGAGGUCAUGACCCUGAAUCAUCCUGAGCUUCCAGGCUGUGCCUUCUUCAUUCACUGGUCCAUGGAGGUUUCCACAGGGGGCGCUGUCACGCCGAACAUCCGCCUGCUGUCAAAGAUCCCAGAGAGAGCUACGCAGCUGUUCCUCACUCAGCCUGCAGGGGGCGGUGCUGCUGAGGCCUUUCAGAGCCUGCUGAGGAUUCUGGGACCUGAAGCUGCCAUAGAGUCCAUCAUCAGAACCGUGAGCCUUUCAGAGGACGCCGAACUCAGCGGUUAGAAGGUCCAGAAGUCCCAGUCCGAACUCUGGGCCUCAGCAGAUCCUGAAUCAGAACUUUAUUUUUCCCUCCAUGAUGAGACAAACACAGGAAGCAGACACACCAGGGUUCGGUUCGGUACAAAUGUUUAUUCUGAUACAAAGAGCGUGACUGUGACGGCAGUAACAGCAGAACUCGUUGGUCCAAAUCUACAAAAAUAAAUAAUUUCAGUAGAAAACACCA